AUGCCCGCUCUCGAGCGCACUCCCUUCAACGCACCCCGGCUCACACUCGACACGACAGCGUGUGCUGCCGUCUUUGAGCGCGCCCGCUCAACCGACCUGCUCAUUCUUUGCUUCGGCAUAGCCCUCGGGAUCCUGUUCUACGCUAUCGCGCACGAUCUUAGUCACCGCCGAUGGCGGGACCGCGACGAGAGUCCGAGUCGGGAGCGUAGUCGAGGACGACCCCGGUCAUCACCGCUUCGGGAGAGGUCACGGUCGUUGGCCGACUCACCGCCGCCUUACACCAUUCCCGUCAAAGCUUAG